UCGACUCUUCUCAAAAGAUAGCCAAGUAGCGCUCUCACUCUCUCUGUGUAUGCGUGUGGGUGUCCAUUUCAAAACAAAAACCAAAGUAAGAGAAGAAAGGAAAGGAAAAAAAGAGAGGAAAAGAAAAAAUCCCACACCAUAAGAGGCUAAAAGCGAACUCUUGAAUUCAAAACCACUGAAAGUACACGCGAGCCUCCAUCGUUGUUCUUCUCCGCCUUCUUUUUGUCAAUUUGAUUACGCAGACAGGUGCUCAAAGAAGGCUGUGAUAUUUCUUUAGUCUUUUUUAUCCUUUUAUGGUAUAAUCCGUGAAGAAGGAAGGAAAUAGAUGGAUUCAGUGGCUCUUGAUGACAUAAUAAACCGUUUGCUUGAGGUUAAAGGGCGGCCGGGGAAGCAGGUGCAGCUCUCGGAGUCAGAGAUCAGGCAGCUCUGUUUGCAGUCUAGAGAGAUUUUUCUGCAACAGCCUAAUCUUCUUGAGCUCGAAGCACCCAUUAAGAUCUGUGGUGAUAUUCAUGGCCAAUAUUCUGAUCUCCUCAGACUUUUUGAAUAUGGUGGGUUGCCCCCAAAAUCAAAGUACUUGUUCUUGGGGGAUUAUGUGGAUCGUGGGAAGCAAAGCCUGGAAACAAUCUGCCUUCUGCUUGCUUAUAAGAUAAAGUAUCCCGAGAACUUUUUCUUACUUAGGGGCAACCACGAAUGCGCAUCUGUCAAUCGUAUAUAUGGAUUUUAUGAUGAAUGCAAGAGAAGGUUUAACAUAAGACUGUGGAAAGUUUUCACAGAUUGUUUUAAUUGUCUACCUGUUGCUGCUCUAAUCGAUGACAAGAUAUUGUGCAUGCAUGGAGGACUCUCUCCCGACCUGCAUGAUUUGGAUCAAAUUAGAAAUUUACAGCGUCCAACUGAUGUCCCGGAAACUGGUUUAUUAUGUGAUUUACUAUGGUCGGAUCCCAGCAAAGAUGUCAAGGGGUGGGGAAUGAAUGAUAGGGGAGUUUCAUAUACUUUCGGCCCUGAUAAGGUGACAGAAUUUCUUCAAAAGCAUGAUCUCGAUCUUAUUUGCCGUGCUCACCAGGUAGUCGAAGAUGGAUAUGAGUUUUUUGCUGAUAGACAACUUGUGACAAUAUUUUCAGCCCCAAACUAUUGUGGAGAGUUCGACAAUGCUGGCGCCAUGAUGAGUGUGGAUGAGACUUUGAUGUGCUCAUUUCAAAUUUUAAAGCCCGCAGAAAAGAAGCCCAAGUUUGGCUUUGGAAGUACAACUACAGCUAAGGCAGGAACUCCACAAAUGAAAAUGAAGUCAUUUCUUGGUACGAAAAUAGGAUAAACUCAUUAUCUUCAGAAGUUCCAUGGAAAAGCCACUCUCCAAUGUCCAAUAUUUAGGGUUGAAGGCGGGCUCUAAAGUUUUGAGGACCAUCUCAGAAUAAGGGAAGUUAAUGAGCGGGAAUUGCAUAGGAAGAUUUCUACCUAGGACCGUUUCAGCUGUUGUAAUUUCUGCCUAAUGUGUAGUUGCUGCCGGUCAGAUGGAUCGUUUUGUCGACCAAAAGAUUUUCUGAGCCUAACUAUUGAACCUGAAAAACAAGAAACAUAGUACUCAUCUGCAGGACCUUGUGAUGCAUUCUUGCAGGGGAUGAAAGGCAAACCAGCCAAGGUAAACGACCCAUUUUGUUUUACCUCUGUCUGAAUUUUUGUGUCGUAUUUUGUAAAGCGUUCUGUGUGUUGGUUUUGAGUUUGUUUACUUCUCGUAAGUCGUUCAGGUGAACGGUCCAAUGGUACUGAAUUUGUUCGAGGGCUUGCGCCCUAAUCAUUGACUAUAAAAAUGGUUUCUUCUGCGAGUUGGGAUAAUUACUGAUUAUAUUAUUCUUUUUAUGUGAAAUUCAAAGCUAUAUCUCAACGUUUAU